AUGGCUUCAAAGAAAUCACACCGCAUUGCCUCUAUCCCAGGCGAUGGCAUUGGUCCCGAGGUAGUCAGUGCUACGAUCCAGGUCGUCGAGAAGCUCGCAAAGACCCUCGGCACAUUCAACAUCAACUUCGAGCAUAUCCCAUGGGGAACCGAGUACUACAAGCAGACUGGCCGAUAUGUGUCUGAAGAUUGUCUCGACACUCUACGCAAGUACGAUGCCGUAUUAUUCGGCGCCGUUGGAUCACCCGACGUACCCGACCAUAUCUCACUUUGGGGCCUACUUCUCGCCAUCCGCGGCCCCCUCCAGCUAUACGCAAACGUCCGACCAGUCCGUACCUUCCCAGGAACUAAAUGUCCCCUUAACACUACAACAAACGGCAUCGACUGGAUGCUUGUUCGGGAAAACUCGGAAGGCGAGUACGCAGGACAAGGCGGACGGUCUCAUGUCGGACAGCAAUGGGAAGCCGCGACGGAAGUCGCCGUAUUCACGCGGGUGGGUAUUGAGCGGAUUAUGCGAUUCGCGUUUGAGACUGCUCGAUCGCGACCGCGCAAGCUCCUGACUGUUGUUACGAAGAGCAACUCCAUGCGCAACGGGAUGGUGUUGUGGGAUGAAGUUGCUGCGAUUGUUGCCAAGGACUUUCCCGAUGUGACAUGGGAUAAGAUGCUUGUUGAUGCAAUGACUGUUCGGAUGGUGGCGAAGCCAGACUCGGUCGAUACCAUCGUUGGGACGAACUUGCAUAUGGAUAUUUUGUCGGAUCUUGCUGCGGCGUUGGCUGGGUCGAUUGGUGUUGCGCCUUCCAGUAAUCUGGAUCCUACCCGGAAGAAUCCAUCGCUUUUUGAGCCUGUUCAUGGUAGUGCGUUUGAUAUUACUGGGAAGGGGGUUGCGAAUCCGGUUGCUACUUUCUGGUCAGCUGCAGAGAUGCUUGUCUGGAUUGGGGAGAAUGAUGCUGCUGCCCAAUUGAUGGGUUGUGUUGAACGAGUUUGUGCUGCAGGUAUUUUGACUCCCGAUCUUGGAGGGACCUCUGACACUCAAGGGGUUGUGGAUGCAGUCUGUCUGGAGGUUGAGAAAUUGGGUUGA